UCCGCGCCCACGGCCCGGCCCGCACUGCCCUCCCUCGGCCCGGCCCGGCCCCGCUCUGCGCCUGCGCGGCGGUGGCGCGGUCGGCGGCGGCGGGAUGGCGCUGGAGACUGUCCCCAAGGACCUGCGGCACCUCCGCGCUUGCCUGCUCUGCUCCCUCGUCAAGACCAUCGACCAGUUCGAGUACGAUGGCUGCGACAACUGCGAUGCCUACCUGCAGAUGAAGGGCAACCGGGAGAUGGUCUACGACUGCACCAGCUCCUCCUUCGAUGGGAUCAUUGCUAUGAUGAGCCCUGAGGACAGCUGGGUCUCCAAGUGGCAGCGAAUCAGUAACUUCAAGCCAGGUGUCUACGCAGUGUCUGUGACCGGCCGCCUGCCCCAAGGGAUCGUCCGAGAGCUGAAGAGCCGUGGCGUGGCUUACAAGUCCCGAGACACAGCUAUAAAAACCUAAGGGGCUCUUGUGCUGCCUGGAGGAUUCCUGGGUGCUGUGUUUGGAGAGGCAGUGGGCAUGCAGGGCACCGCUCUGAAACCCUGUAGCUUCAGCAUGUGGGAAAGUGAUGCUGGACUCGGGGAGCUUGCUGGCUCAGCUCCUCUUGCUCAGUACCUCUGGACUCCACCACACAUGGUGUGCCCGCACAGACCACAGACAUGCUUUUUUGAGCCUUGACAAAGGGAAGGAUGUGAGUAAGUCUGGGGAAGCGGUGCUUAAUGGUAAUGCAUCAACUUUUUUACAGAGAGAGAACUGGGAUAUAGCUGUGUAAAUAUUUCAAUAAAACAUACUGCCUGGUCA